AUGAUCUCUGCACGGUUCACCGCUAACAACAAGGCCACGCACGACUUGCUUCGUGAAGCCCACCGGCUGCUGACAGAGGAACACAGGAUUGAAGUGCUCAUGGUGGACGCCGACUAUAGUGACGACUUCGGGCGCAUGACGAUGGCGUACCUCAACCGGCUGUCCGAGGCGAACGGUAUCAUGCUGGCCGUGUGCACGAGCGACUAUGCAGAGAAGACGGCCAGCCAAUACUCGUCACAUGCGGAGCUUAAGUUUGCCUUGGACGAAGGGAUCGAGGUGUUGCCUUUGAAGGUGACAGAGGAGUAUCCGCCGAAGCCACCCUAUGGGAAGGACCACCUCUACGACAAAGACGGCGAGGCAAGAACCCUGGUCAAGCUAACGAUGCCGAAAUCCAAGGUUUACCUGGACUGCGUUGGAAAGGACGCGGCGUACAUCGCUCAAGAGAUCGCCGGCGUGCUCACAAACCGAAGGUGGCGGUGGCUACGGACACGGCUCGCCCUAGAUCACCGGAGGCCGCGAGAUGUGGGGGCCCCCAGUUGUCAGGUGCCGUGGGGUCAAUGGAGUCUGGGUCGACUCCAGAGCAAAGCUCAAGACAUCUCAAGACUUCGCAGGAUCGUCAAAACCAUGCCGUGCUAG